AUGGUGUUGGCGUAUGCUGCAACGCUUUCUUCUACCCUAUCGUUUCAAAAGUCUGUUCCUUUCUCUUCUCAAAGUUCAGGAACACCAUCUGGAUUCUCUUACGCAUUAAGCAGAGAGAAUGGUUCCGCUGUUCCACCUCUAGCUGUCUGUCAUGCUAAGAAGAAACUUAGCUUUAUGGAGCAAAUUCUUGAUUAUAUUGAAGGGGGUCCCAAAUUAAGGAAGUGGUAUGGUGCACCCGAAAUCCUUGAAAAAGAUGGUACUGCCAUAGAAGGUGAUGAGGAUGAUUAUUCGGGUGGUGUUGGUGAUUUUGUUUUGACAAAGUGUUACAAAACAGAAGAUGAAGUCAGGGAUGCAGUGCUGGUAACAGAUGGAGAUAGUGAGAUGGGUCAGAUGGUGAUACUGUCAUUGAUUGUCAAAAAAGCUCGAGUAAAGGCACUGGUGAAGGAUAAAAGGGUUGCACUUGAAGCCUUUGGAAGUUAUGUUGAGAUUCUUAUUAUUGAUCACGUGAUGCUUGUUGCAAAGUCAAUGGUAGGAGAAACAAGUGACAAUCGAUUCAUCAAGAAAGCUCUCAGAGGAGUUCGCACCAUCAUAUGCCCGAAUGAGGGUUUUCUUUCUAACGUUGGGGGCCUUCAAGGAGUACAACAUGUAAUAGUGUUAUCUCAGUUGUCAGCUUAUAGCGGUAAAAGUGGCUUUCAAUCCAUGAUGAAAAGCAAUGCAAAGAAACUAGCUGAGCAAGAUGAAUCAGUUUUGAAGACCUCAAGAAUUCCUUACACCAUAAUUAGGACAGGUGCAUUACAAGAUACACCUGGUGGGAAGCAAGGCUUUUCCUUUGAUGAGGGUUGUUCAGCUAGUGGAAGCAUCAGCAAAGAAGAUGCUGCCUUUGUUUGUGUAGCAGCCUUGGAUUUUGUCCCACAAACUGGGUUCAUAUUUGAGGUGGCCAAUGGGGAUAACAAAGUUUCAGAUUGGAAAGGAUGUUUGUCCAUGUUGAUGGAGAAUGAAAAUAAAAAACUUCAGUGA